AUGAGGCGUCUGCUAGCUCUCGCGCUGCUGCUGCUGCGUGCGGCGGCGAUGGAGGUUCACGAGGAAGACUACACCGAGGAGGACGAGAUGAUCCUGUCCCUGAUCCGCAAGGACGACUCCCAGCCUGAGCUCGAGUCGGCGCCGUCCGCCCAGUUCCUCAGGUGCACCAAGGCCGCGUGGCGCGUGCCCGGUCACUACAUCGUGGUGCUGCGGAGCGGGACGCACGAGAACCAGGUAGCGCGCACUAUGCGCGCGCUGAGAGCCAAAGCGGCGAGGCGCGGCUAUCUGACGGAGAUAACGCGCACUUACUCCGGAGCUGUGCGCGGGUUCCUGGUGAAGAUGAGCAGCGAUGUCCUACACAUGGCGCUAAAACUGCCUCAUGUGGAUUAUAUCGAAGAGGACUCGACGGUGUUCGCGCAGGGCUUGCCAUGGAACCUGGAGCGCAUCGUGCAGACCAAGAACAAGAGCGGAAAAUACACACCACCCAAUGAUGGAGCUCUGGUGGGGCUGUACCUCAUGGACACCAGCGUGCAGACCAGUCAUCGUGAGAUCGAGGGCAGAGUGAUGGUGACAGACUUCAACAGCGUGCCAGAGGAGGAUGGGGUCAGAGUUCACAGACAGGCCAAUCAGUGUGACAGUCAUGGCACACACACGGCAGGGGUGGUAAGUGGGCGAGACUCGGGCGUGGCACGUGGCGUCAGUGUGAACAGCGUGCGAGUGCUCAACUGCCAGGGCAAAGGCACAGUAUCAGGAGUUCUGGCAGGUCUGGAGUACAUCCGUGCAUCUCUGCAGGUUCAGCCCAUCAGUCCUGUGAUCAUACUGCUACCAUUUGCGGGGGGGUUCAGUCGGACUCUGAACACUGCUUGUCGUGAGAUGGUACGGUCUGGUGCAGUUCUUAUAGCUGCAGCAGGAAACUACCAGGAUGAUGCCUGUCUGUACUCACCAGCCUCAGAGCCUGAGGUAAUAACAGUGGGUGCCACCAACGCUGCUGACCAGCCGCUGAGUGCCGGGACCACAGGCACCAACGUAGGCCGCUGUGUGGAUCUGUUUGCCCCUGGUGAUGACAUCAUCAGUGCCUCCAGUGACUGCGCCACCUGUUUUACCACCAAGAGCGGCACUUCACAGGCAGCUGCACACGUCGCCGGUAUAGCUGCGGUGCUUCUGAACGCAAACCCCAACGCCAGCCCUGCUGAAGUGCUCCAGCUGCUGCGUCAUCACUCAGUCCACCAGGUGAUGAAUCCAGACUCUCUCCCUGCAGAACACCGCCUCACUACCCCCAACAUGGUGGCUGCCCUGCCCAAAACUACCUCGGCACCCUCAGGUGAUGCUCUGCUGUGUCGCUCUGUUUGGUCUGAGAAGUCAGGGGUCGCAGUCAUCGAUACGGUAGUGGCUCGCUGUCGUCAGGGUGAAGAGAUGUUCAGCUGCUCCAGCUAUUCACCAAACGGAGCCCGAGCUGGGGAGAGAAUAGAGAUGCGGGAUGGGCAAAAGCAGUGUGUGGCCCAUAAUGGCAUCGGAGGAGAGGGUGUAUAUGCCAUAGCCCGCUGUUGCACAGGGAACAGUGUGCAGUGCCAGGCCCAUGCCAGCCCUCAGACAGGCAUGGAUGCAGAAUGCCCCAGCCCAGAGCAUCAGCUCACAGGCUGCAGCUCUCACUUUGAGUCCGGAGGCGUGGCUGACCCCAUGCGGCCUCUCCACGGCAACCGUAAGGCGUGUCCUCCCAGAGCUGGUAUGACAUCACAUGCUUCCUGUUGCCACGCCCCCAGUCUGGAGUGCAGGUUGAAUGAGCAUCACCCCUCUGGCUUUACGGAGCAGGCGGAGGUGUCGUGUGAGGACUCGUGGACGCUGACAGGAUGUAACUCUGUGUCACAUGGUUCAAUCACUCAUGGGGCGUAUGCCCGGGGCAAUACCUGUGUGGUCCGGGUGUCUGGAGAGGGCAGAGGAGCCGCUGCCACCGCCAUCUGCUGCAGGUACCGGCCACUUGAGCGAGAGUCCAGGAAACACAGCCAUGAGCAAAACAACCACUAACGCGCACUGCUUCAUAUGAGCUAUUAUCAACCAGCUGUCCACUCCACAUCCCCUCAACUUUGUUUUUGAGUUGCGAGUUGUGUGGAGUGACCUGCAUUGUCCAUUGCACUGUACAGUCCUGCUUUCACAAAAAGAGAAGGGGGGAACAGAGUUGAAGGGAUAGUUUGGCAAGAAAAAUUGACAAUUUUCCUCACUGUCCUUAAUUUAGUUUAUCGGCCAAGACAUGUUUGGUGUCUGAAGACUUUCCUUUAGUUUAGUACUGGAAUUAAAAGGCUUAUGUCUUCAAGGUGCUACUACGAAGUGUGCAAGGUGUAUCACGUCGCAAACAUCUAGUUGUUAAGUAACCUCAGACUUGUUCCUAUGCUUCUGACACUGUAUAGCAUACUGUUAUAUAUAAAAGUGGACACAAGUAUGGAACAUUGUGUCAAUUUGACUUUUUACAGAAAGAUUGCUUUAUUAAGACCAGUUAGAGGGCGAGAUUCAAAGUCUUCAACACUCCACAGUGACAUUUUUCAUGACGUUUCAUUCUGGUAUAUUCUGUAACCAAUACACAUGCCUGUCAAGAAAUAAGUUAAUAAAGGGUUCUUUGAAGUGAUGCCAUAAAUUAACCACUUUUGUUUGAUUUCAGUUUUGAAAUUUCUGAAAGUUUAAAUUUGUUUGUCUUUUAAAGAAUUAGCCUAUGAAAGGCAUCGCUCCAAAGAAACCUUUUGGCACGUGUGUAUGGGGAUCAUUACCUCUCAGUUUCAAAGCGCGCCUCUAUCAGAAAGCCAGCACAAAAAGUUUCCUCUUGGUUUUCUCUCAGCUACUAAAACUGUGGUCUUGGAAUAAAGAAAUGCUUGGCAAAGCAUUUCAGUUAACCAUUUAUAGGACCAUCAGCCAUGCUUAAUACACUGUCACUUGUCUCAGUGAAAUACAAGUCACUGUUCAUGUACAGUUAUUGUUCAGCCUUUAUCUGCAGUGUACUUUUCCUUCUCAUUCCUGUGUUCACUAUGCUCCAUUUUUUAUUUGCCGAAUCCUAAUACUUCUGGACAUCUGACUCCAUUCUCAACCCUUUUUGCAUGCACUGAAUGUAUUCUGCUAACUCUUUUUGUAAAUGUGUUUUCCUGUGUUUUGUAAGAAUAAAAUUAUUCAGCUUCAAA